AGCAUUUCCUGAUCCAGUACAAGUCUGAGUGUUACUUCACCAACGGCACCGAGCGGGUCCGGUUCCUGUUCAGGAACAUCUGGGACCGGCAGCAGUACCUGCACUUCGACAGCGACGUGGGGGAGUUCGUGGCGGACACGGAGCUGGGGCGGGCCAACGCCGAGGGCUGGAACCAGAACAAGCAGUACCUGGCGCAGGAGCGGGCUGCGGCGGACCGGUUCUGCCGGUACAACUACGGGGUGGUUCAGACGGGGAAGAUGGUCGGCCGCCGAGGUGAGCGGGGGGCGGGGCUCUGGGGGGCGGGGCCGCAGCAGGACACGCCCAGCCCAGCGCCCUCCCCCUCUAUGGGCCCGGUCCGCCAGCUGCGCUGGGGGGUAACAGAACGUCUCGAGCUGCGGGGGCAGCACGCGCUGGGGCGGG